CUCUCUCUCUCUCUCUCUCUCCCUGUUCGUGCUUCCUUUCUUCUUCCUUUACCCUAGACAGGAUAAAUUCUCCGAGGGCGAUCUGUUUCGUUUGGAUUUUGGUCGAAACCUGUCUUCUCUUCUGUUGGAGCCGAUGAAGACGUCGGAGUUCAUGGACAAACAGAUCCUGGGGUUGUCAGGAUCGCAGAAAGGCGGCGGCGGCGAGCUCUUUGAUCUGAUGAAGCCCCAGGAGGAGCACCCGAUCAAUGGCAAGAAGGACGAGAUCCUCCCCAGCUACGACUUCCAGCCCAUCCGGACCCUAGGAUCCUCGCCGCCCACCGCGUCCGCCGCUCCCCUCUCUAAGCCCUUCUUGGGCUCCGUCGACUCCAAGAUGGCCUCCUCCAAUCUCAAAAAUGCGGGUAUUUUAGACCCAUAUGAAUUGAUAAAGGCUAGUCAUGAGAAAGAGAAGAGUGCAUAUGAUGCGGCUACAGUUGCUGAGGUUGACCGUACAGUGAAGAAAUAUGCUGAUAAUCUGCUACAUGCUUUGGAAGGUGUCAGUUCAAGGCUGACAGAGCUGGAGAAUCGGACUCACCAACUUGAAAGCUCCGUAGAUGGAUUGAAGGUGAUGAUUGGGAACAAUAACGGGACCACGGAUGGAAAAUUGAAGCAAUUGGAGAAUAUUCUUAGAGAGGUACAAACUGGUGUCCAAGUUCUACGUGACAAACAAGAAAUUGUGCAGGCUCAGCUGCAACUUGCAAAGCUACAAGAUUCUAAAGGAGGCAGGCAGCCACCAGAGAAUUCAAACACCGGAUGUUCGGAUGCUCUGCAGCAACAGGUUCCACCACAGCAGCAACCUAUCCAACAAUUGCAUCAACAUGCGGUUCCUCCUUCACAACCGGCCAUGCUUCCUGCUCUACCUGCUCCAAAUGCUCCUCCGCCGCCCCCACCACCACAAAAUCCACCUGCUCCAUUUCCUGGUCAGUUACCUCAGCCCCAGAUACCUUCUGCUGUCCCAUCUUUGCCGUGCGAGCCCUACUUCCCCUCACCAGCUCAGCAGUCUGAGGUCGCACAUCAACAAUACCAAGUCCCAGUUCAGCAGCCACAGCCGCCGCUGCCGCCACCAUCCCAGCACUACCAACCUUCAAGUCAGCUUCCACAAUAUUCUCAGCUUCCCCAGCCCCCACAACCUGCGAACCCCUCACCUCAGCUUCAGCCACCAUUGCCUCAACACCCGGAAGAAUCUGUGGGGUACAUGCCACCACCUCACUCCUAUCCCUCAAGCAUCCGCCAGCCUGCCCCUUUUGCUCAGCCUCCAGGUGGACAGCCUCCCAACCAUUACUACGGGCCGAAUCCGAACAUGUAUGAGCCAGCUACGAGCAGGGCGGGCUCGGGGCAGGUGCCCUUUUCUGCUGGAUAUGGUCCCCAAGUGGGGCUUAGUUUCUCUGAUUCAUAUCCUUACGGUGGAUCCCCUUCGCAUCCUAGCAGUUCUGCAAUGAGACCCUCACCCUUCGCUUCUUCUGCAGCCUCAUCUGGUGGAAGCAGCAGCUACCCACCACGGCUUCCAACAGCCCAGAUAUUACCUCAGGCAGUGCCUGCUGGGUCUAGCUCUGGUGGUUCCUCGGCGAAGAAUAGAUUGCCAAUUGAUGAUGUGGUGGAGAAAGUUGCGACUAUGGGGUUCUCAAGAGAUCAAGUCAGGGCAACUGUGAGGAAGUUGACGGAGAGCGGGCAGUCAGUCGAUCUGAAUGUGGUGCUGGAUAAGCUGAUGAAUGAUGAGGAGAUCCAGCCCCAGAAAGGUUGUGGAGACCCGACCAUGUUUGAGUCAUUUUGGAAGUGGAUGGGGGAGCGAGGCGCCAUCGUCAUCCCGGCGUGGCAAACCAUGAGCUACUUCUCAGACGUCACCAACGUAUGCUGGUUUCUGGAGCCUGAGUUCGCCAAAGAGGUCCGGCGCCUCCACAACCUCGUAGGCAAUGCUGUGACCGACGACCGCUACAUCAUCGCCGGCACCGGCUCGACCCAACUCUUCCAGUCUGCACUCUAUGCUCUAUCUCCCUCCAACGCCUCUGAGCCCAUCAACGUUGUUUCUGCUGCCCCUUACUACUCGUCCUACCCAGCAGUGACAGACUACCUCCAGUCAGGGCUUUUCCGGUGGGCCGGGGAUGCAUACGCCUACAAAGGCGACAAAUACAUUGAGCUCGUAUGUUCCCCCAACAACCCUGAUGGCUCUAUACGGGCGGCGGUGCUGAACUCCGAUGCCGGAAAGACAGUCCAUGACUUGGCCUACUAUUGGCCUCAGUAUACUCCCAUUAGCGGUCCAGCAGACCAUGAUAUUAUGCUCUUCACAGUCUCGAAAAGCAGCGGCCAUGCCGGAACUCGACUUGGGUGGGCGAUAGUGAAGGACAGAGCUGUUGCUAAGAAAAUGGUCAAGUUCAUCGAGCUGAAUACUAUUGGAGUGUCCAAGGACUCGCAACUCCGAGCAGCAAAGCUACUUAAAGUGGUCUCAGAUGGUUAUGAGCUCCCUAACACUGAGAACAGAAACAAGUUCUUCGACUAUGGCCGACGGCUCAUGACCAUGCGGUGGAAAAAGUUGCAAGAAGCUGUCAAAAAUUCAGGCAUCUUUAGCCUACCCGAGUUUCCGACCGGCACUUGCAAGUUCACCGGAGAGAGUACUGGAACCAAUCCUGCUUUUGCAUGGCUGAAGUGUGAAAAGGAGGGGGUAGAAGACUGCGCGAGCUUUCUAAGGAGGCAUAGAAUACUUACUAGGAGCGGUAGGCACUUUGGAGCGGAGCCGAAAUACGUGCGCGUUAGUAUGUUGGAUCGGGACGAGACCUUCCAACUCUUCAUUGAACGGCUGUCCUCCCUUAACUGAGGCAUCUACUUUUUGUUUGCCUGUAAGAAAAGCUUUGACAGGGGAUCAAGAUCAUUUUGUAUAUAGUGUUUUCUUUUCUUUCUUUCCCUUUUUUUUUUUUGUUGCCCCCUUAAGUUGGUCUUUCCCCUUGUUAAAGACUAAUUUUCCUUUGUAAUUAUACUACAAGUGUUUUCCUUUGGUUA